GGUAGCAAUCGGAGAAAAACAAAAUUAAUAAUUGAAGAAUACAUUUAAUGAGGACGAUAAAGCGAUUAAGUGAUAGCGAGAGCCAGUUUUACUAAUGCCGGGAUAAAUUCGUCUCAGUACACUUAGCUUCUCAAGCUAGCUUUGCUUGCUAGCUGCUCACAAAGAGACCCGGAAGUUAGCAACCUUUGGCUCACAAGAGCUCAGGUGUGAGUGUAAAGUGUACUAAAGUGUUGCGAUUGUGUGAAAAUGUGUAAAUUGCAGACGCCGAGAGCGUUGGCGAAUCAGCGACUAACUGCGGCGGUGGAGGAAAUAUUUGUAGUGUAAGAAAGAACGAAAGCAGAGUACGAGGAGGAGCUUUCUCGAACAAAAGAGGAGAACGAGCGACAACGUCAACUACUGUUUUCAAGAAGCCUCAAGUUGUGUUACACAAAGAAGACGUCAGUGAAGAAUAUUUUACCCCUGAGCAGCAGGAGCGGAACUCCAGGAUGGAACACAUUAAAGAGGAAGAGGAGGGUCCACAUCCCUCCAACAUUAAAGAGGAAAAUGAGGAGCCACAGCUCCCGCACAUUAAAAAGGAAGAGGAGGAUCACAGGAUCAGUUGGGAGGGAGAGCAUCUCGAAGGACUGGAGGAGUUCCCAGUGAUUGGUGACCCUGUGAAGAGUGAAGAUGAUGAAGGUGAAAGUGAGGAGAAGAGAGAGGUGGAGCCUCCAAGCAGCAGCUCAUCUCAACACAUGACAACAGAAGCUGAUGGAGACCACUGUGGAGGAUCACAAGCAGAAAACCUCUUAGCUCCACUAUCAGAUAGUGACGACACAACGUCACACUCUCCUGACACUGAUGAUGAAGACUCUGAAGCUGAUAUGACAUGUCACACUGACAACACACGCUUUAAAUGCUCUCAAUGUGACAAACAUUUUUCUCAAAAGGGAAAUCUGAAGAAACACCUGAGACACCACACUGGAGAGAAACCUUUCACCUGCUCAGUUUGUGGUAAAAGAUUCUCAGACCAAUCAAAUUUAAAAGUACACAGUAGAAGUCAUACUGGAGAGAAACCUUUUCCUUGCACUGUGUGUGGUGUAAGAUUCUCUCACAAAAAUAGUUUAAAAAGACAUGCAAUAAAAAUACACACCGGAGAGAAACCUUUCCCUUGUGUAGUCUGUGGUAGACGAUUCUCUCAAAAAUGUGGUUUAAAAACACACACAAGAAUACACGCUGGAGAGAAACGUUUUCCUUGCAUGGUGUGUGGUAAAGGAUUCAAUUUUGCAGCUCAUUUAAGUAGACACAAAAUAAUACACACUAGAGAGAAACCUUUUUCCUGCUCAGUUUGUGGGAAAGAGUUCAAUCAUCAAGGUCAUUUAAAAAGACACACAAGAGCGCACGCUAGAGAGAAACCUUUCUCCUGCUCAGUUUGUGGUAAAAGUUUCUCUCAGAAGAUGUCUUUGAUAGGACACACGAGAACACACUCCUGAGGAAACAACCUUUCUUGUUGAAUGUGUGGUCAGCGAUUCACAAAGAGAACAAACUUGACUGAACACAUCAGGAUCCACCAUGGGAAGAAAAAGGACGUGCCCGGCUGGAUUUCAAAGUACACAAUAAGGGAAGUGCGAAUAAGCAAGACAGUAUUGCGCUUUAAAAAACAAAAACUGUGCAAAAGGACUUCUAACGUUUGCUAACUGACAUGAUGAUGAAAUGUUUGCAAAGUUUUCUUUUCUUCUUUUAGACCUGAGAAUUGUACAUUUAAUCAUCAGUAGAAGAAAUGCACACGAGGGUUCGAUACCUGGCCAGGGUUGGGUCAGGAAGGGCAUCCGGUGAAAAAACGAAGCCAAAACCCGUUCACGUGUUUGAGUUGCCGUGGCGAUCCCUGACAGGGAGGAGCCAAAAGUGAGAAAAAACAUGACGAAAAUGAAAAUGGAAUGAAAGUAGUACCUGUGCUCAUUUUGUGUGAAGCUUCUCUCGGGUGGGAAAUUUGAGGGCAUGCGCUGGAGAGAAACCAUUUUCAUGUUCAGUCUGCAGCUGUUUUGGUUCUCGCGCAUAUAUCUUGU